UCUUCCCCCACUCCUCACCCCAAAUCUUUGCUGUUCCAGUAGAACUCUGUCCCCUGGGCAAUCUCCAAACAUGUGUUAGAACAGGGAGAGGAAAGUUAACAAGCCCCAGGAUUCUUUCCACUAGUUUUUCAAGCAAAGCCAGGACAGACCCCUUUGGUGGGAGUGGGGCAAGAGCUGGACCCCAGAGAUGUCUAAGGUCUCUUUCUAGAUCAUCUUACCUAAAGGUUUCUGACCCCUGAUAAAGAGGAGGCAGUUAUCUUGCAUGUACUUUGAGCCACAUGCUAGCUUUUGCUUUGAACAGGCCACUGAUGGGGCAACAAGUGCUGAGGUCACCAAAGCUGACUCCAAGUUCCAUCAUCCUGUCAGGCUCUUCUGGCCUAAAUCCCGCUCCUUCGACUACCUGUACAGUUAUGGGGAGAUUUUACUGCAGAACUUUCCUGUCCAGGCGACUAUCAAUCUGUAUGAAGACUCAGACAGUGAAGAGGAUGAGGAGGACGAUGAAGAAGAGGAGGAGGACUAAGAAGAAAAAGGAGGAAAAGGAGGCAAAUAAAAAGGGGCCAUAAAUGUGUGUGAGGAUACUAGGGACAGCACCACACAGAGUCACAAGUCAUCCUCUUUCCCCAUCCCUUACCUGUUCAAACUGAGCCAGAGUCUGAUUAGGGUUUCAUAUGCCUGGCAAGGCUCCAGGGCAUUGAUUAGCCAGGAAUCUCCAGGCGUAGCUCUCUGGAUUGAAAGUUGGGUCCUCAAGUACCAACUUACCCUGGCUAUAUCCAACUGGAUUGUAAGUACAGGUCUCUGGCAUCUCAUUGUCUGGGUUGCUGUUGUGUUGACAGUGGGAGGGUACAAGUAGCUAUAGGGGAAGGAAGAUCUGCUUUAUGAAGCCCCCAGGAAACAGAACAAAACAAAGAAUGGUCAUGAAGAGGGCAACAGUCUCACUCUUCAGGGCUCUUUGACUCCCCAGCCUUUCAGGUGGCCACGUAGUCCUGUCUCCCUGUGGAAAAAUUGACUUCAGGCUUCACCUCCAGGGAUACCAACACCAUGUUUAAGCAGAGUUGAAAUGCUUUUAUGAUGGGCCUUGCAACAAGAAGGAGGGCAUCUAGAGAAUCAGCUUGCUUUGGGGACCUACCCUCAUUUUGGCUGCUAUCAACUGCAGUCUCUGUUGGCAUGAGAUGAAUCAGGAGAAAAAUAAACUAGAUGAUGUUUGCCUUUU